ACGUCAGAAAUAUCGAACUUAAUAUCAAACAGUAUCGAACAGUAUUGAAUCACAGUACCGAUAUGAUUCAUUCUAAUUGAUCUCCAUCAUUGACAAAAUAAUUUCUCCCAAACCAUACAAUGAAUACAAACGAAUUGCCCAUAAGGAAAGCAACGGCUAUCUCAUUAAUCCACCGAAAAAGCAGUACAACACGCAUUACCCUUUCCCCAAAACCCUUCCUGAUUCACCUCCCAAUUCCCAUAAUCAACAAAGCUGUCAUCUUUUUCCUCUCUCCUCCCCCAUAAACCUCUCUGCGCUGGCGCCGCUUUCUCCUCUCCCAUUCCGCCAUGGUUUCUCCGCAAGCCAUAGCGGCCGAAACCCUUUUCGUUUCCAUAGCCAUCCCCUUGUGCUCUCUUAUGCUCUACAUCUUAGUUGAAAUGGCCUUCCAAUCCAUUAAACUCUGGCUCCUCAGCCGCCGCUUUCCCGGCGUGGCCUUCCACUCAUCCGCAUUCCGUGCUGCUCCGGAGGCCGCGCAGCAGCGCCUUGCAGAUCUCAGCUCCAUAGCCGUCGAUAUCUACCAGCACCCUGCAGCUUCCUUGCCUUCGUCUUCUUCCUCUUCAGCUCCAGGCAGCAGCGCCAGAGUUAAUGAACCGGAGAGCUGCGCUGUGUGCUUGGCGGAUUACGAGGUCGGCGACGAGGUGAAGGUGCUUCCGGCGUGCAAGCACGUUUUUCAUCGCCACUGCAUCGAUUCCUGGCUCUUUGCCUCGCGGGUACUCUCUUGCCCUGUUUGCCGCUGCAAGGUUUUUGAUAAAAUGCCUGAGAGGAUGGAGCGGGGUAUUGAGAUAAGCAUCACUACAAUGAUCUGCUUGUGUAUAUGAAAAAAGAAGCUUUUUUUUAUGUAUAUUUUUAGGAAAUGAGGUAUUCAAAACUAAAACUGAAAAGAAUUCCAUUAAACAGACCAUUCGGUUCCUUUUAGACGUUUUAGGCCAUGUUCCAAAACUAAUUAAGACUGGAAUGAGAGCUCAGCUCUCCCUGUUUGUAAUUAAACGAGUAAUAAUCUUCUUUUAGCAUUAAUGGGCGGUCCUCUGUGUAACCAU